AUGCUAUCGUGGGCACCUGCAACUGCCGGCGUGCCCAACAAGCGCGGGCCACACGCCGAUGAGGACGAAGACGAGGUCGACGAGGACUUGGAGACCUACCUCCUCCUCCUACUCAGCGACUCGAACCUGCCCACCGGCGGCUUCGUCGCCUCCUCCGGUCUCGAAUCCUACCACGCCCACGGGUUCCUGCACAACGUCGAGACCACAUCGAGCCUCGCCUCUUUUGGCGUAGGUGCGACUCUGUCCGCCGGACCUGGAGCGGGUAGACGACGGCAGAUGGCGCCGUCGCAAGCGCGCCUCUCGUCCUCGACGCUCUCCUACACCCGGUCGACGCUACACUCGUAUGCCCGUUCGGCCGUCCCCUUUCUCGUGCGCGCGCACCAGGCCGUGCGGCGGUACUGCUCCCGCCGCGUCCGCAUCGAGGUGGAGCGAUAUCGUCGUCGGAGAAAGCGCUCGGACGCAGAACAAGACGGUACUGCUGCGGGCGAGGAGGCGGCAGAGCGGUGCUACGACGCCGAGGCCGACGCAGCGGAUCUCGAGGCGCUCAUGGGCACGCUGGCGUGGCUCGACCAGGCGUACCACACGCUGCUGCUCAACCACGUCGCGAGGCGGGCAUCAAGGGCGCAGGGGAUAGCGCUUCUCACUCUCUACACGAAGGCCUUCGCGCGGCCCAUCAACCUCGAGAAGGAGCACUUUGACGGAUCGCGUCUCGGUCUACGGCGCCGCCGCGGCCUCGACGGUACGACGAACGACGGGGACGACGUCCAAGACGACGCCGACGACGAAGACAGAGAAGAACUAGCGAGCCGACUGCGCAUCGAGAUCGCCGCGACGCUGGUCGAGAAGCUCAAAAGGGAGAUCCGCAAGUCGUCGGCGGGCGCCUCGUCGACGUCGCGGCAGCAGCAGGGACAUUUCCCGCUAUGUUGGGCCGUCUUCAGUGCGGCGCUGGGGCUGAGCAGGGCGAGGACGGUGCAGCUGCACCUCUUCCUCCAGGCCCGCAGCCUGCUCUCGAGCAGCAUCCGCCUCAACACGCUCGGACCGUACCUCGCCCAUCAGCUGAUGCGCUUCCAGCUGCGCGACGUCGUCAAGCAGAUCGUCGACGAGCUGGAGAGCGAGGGCUGUAUGGAUGGGCAGGAGGAGGAGGAGGAGCAUAUGGAGGGUGAAAGUCAGGGAGGCGAGGGGCUGAUGGACCAAGACAUGGAGGCGGACAACCACAUCCCGGCCUAUCGUAUCGACGAGCCGGCGGCGGGACAAGCACAACCGGCGCCUCCAGCCGUAAUGGUCCAGGCUCUACGACCAGCCGAGCGCACUCUGAUACCCGUUGACGAUUCGGAUCCGGACCAAGGAUGGGCGUGGGACUGGGCCGAAGACGAACUCGCCGAUUCGACCGACCGAGGACCAAGAUCAGCAGCAGCAGCAGCAGCAAGGGCGGCAGCGACCGGCCCGUCGUUCUGGCAGUCGCGCAGCGCUCCCGCCACGACGUUUCCGCUGGGCGAAAUCGUCCAGGCCAGACACGACCAGCUGCAUUCCCGCUUGUUCAACAGCUAG